AUGACCGACCAAGCACCAGCCCAAGAUGCGAAUGAACCCGAGCAAGAGGAUCGUGGGGACAUCGGGCCCUUCACGCUCGACACGCUUCCACGCAAGAUCAUCUCGAUGAUCCUGGCCACGAUGACGGUCGAUCCCAAAGAGCCGUAUGAGCUUGAUCGAUCCACUCUGGAGCCCUCGGCGACUCGAGAGGAGCAAGACGCCAGCGCCCGUCGAGACCUUGCCAGCCUCUGCCUGGUCUCCAAAUGGAUGGCCUCCCAAGUCCGCCCAGCCCUGUAUCGGAACAUCCUCAUUCGCAAUUCCGAUACCCUGGUUUACCUUUAUCGAACCUUCCUUGAGAAGCCCCAAUUCGGCAUGCUCGUCAAGCGCAUGACCCUUGACCAUGGAUUUUCAAGCCAUUUGACAGUGGAGCGAGAGGUCGACAUCACCCAGUUUUACGAAAUUGUCGUGGAAAAACUCUACACCUUGCAGUUCAGAGUCCUAAGUCAUACCAGCAGGCUCGAGUUCCUGGACUUCAAUGUACAGCCCCUCUCUCGUGACACCGCCCAGGUUUAUGUUCUCAGGCACUCGAUUUACAUGGAAGUGAUCGGCCGUGUUUUUCUCUCACUGUGGGACGAGACAUCGCCCUAUCUUGCGAGUGUCAAGGAACUGCAGCUGCUUGGAAGAGAGACCCCUCAUUCCAGCAUAGAUCGUCCAAACCACUAUGCGGCAUGGGUAUGCAGACGUUUCCUCACCCUGCCCAAACUAAACCGACUCGUCUGGUUCAACCACGACCGUGGCUGGUUCGAUACUUUUCCACGCCGAAUGCUUUACGGUAAGGCCUAG